GAGGAAUAUAGCUGCAAUAGAAGGCGAUCUGGCUGGGGCUAAUGAUCCACUCUUCGUGGUGCUAGGUGGAAAUCUUUUGAAUGCCUUGCCGUCCAUUAACAGUCACUACGGUUGGGUUACAGCGCUAUCAGCUAAACUGGAGCUGCAGGUGUGCGAGGGCUAGGCUACAUCAGCAUCAACGCGCGCCAAGUGAUAAACAGACGAAGCGACUUUGUCCAAACGAACUCGAACAAGACGGAUCGAUGCGAUUGAAUCUGCCUAGAAAACGAUGAGGCACUUUGGUCAGUAGGAGGGGAAACAUUUGUGUUAACUGGAUAUCACGGGUUUAAAGAGGAUAUAAGUGGACAAUUUUGUUAAAUGGAU